ACACCACAAACGAACAAAGAAGGAAAAGGCACAACAAGCAGCAAGGAGCAAGCACAGGAGCAAGUCAUGCUUGCAGCUCCAAGCGCCGCAGCUGCUGCUGCGGCAGUGCUGAUGGUGGUGCUGGUGAGCACCCUGGGCACCCUUGUUGUCGCCCAAAGCACAAGCACAACAACCACAACGGGUUCGCCAGCAGCACCAGGCUGCGCAUACACGGAGUGGUCCCCUUUUGGCGCAUGCGCUGUGCAAAGCGAUGAGUGUGUCCGUGUCCGCGUUCGAUCCGUUUUGGCCGCGACAAACACGCCCGCCACCACAACAAACGCAACAAGCACCGCUGCCCCAUGCACGAACACCAACCACGUGGAGUCCUGCGACCCACAGAGCUGUGCAGAGGAGUGGUGCAGCCUUGGCGAGUGGUCGGAAUGGUCCCCGUGCAGCGUGUCUUGCGGCGACGGCGGCAUGCAAUUCCGGUCCCGCCGCAUCAACACCAUCCCAAACGUUACAUGCCCUCACCUCCAAGGAGAAGAGCUGCAGCAGACCCAGCCAUGCCCUGUGAUCGAGUGCCCCACGCCGGAGGUGGUUGCCGAGAACGGCGACCUGUACCUGACGGUGCCCGACGGAAACGCAGUCUACUUCAAAGAGGGCGAUAUCGUCACCUCCCUCGACACCCUUCGUGAUGAAAUCGCGAUGGCAGUGGAUGAGCUUGGGGAUCACCAGUCUGGGCAGCUUGAUCUGGUUCGACAGUUUGCUGCAGACGAAAUUGGACUCCUUCGCACAGCAAUCAACGACAAAGCAGCUCAGACACUCCGUACUGCAAAGGCGUACACUGACGUGGCUGCUGCUGAUUUGGAGUUCAACAUCACCGCUGCAGCCGAGCGACUGGAUGGACGCAUUGACACUGUUCAGGGCCGCUUCCUGCGGGAGCUGGCGCUGCUGGAAGACCUUGUUGCACACAAUCUGACUGUGAUUGACGACAAGCACGGCGACGGCCACGAGAGCCAGGCCGCCCUCAUCACGGACCUGCUUGCUGAUCUGGCAGAUGUACAGGAGGACGUGGCGUCGCUCGUGAUGUCAAAGGCUGACGCUGCCGAUGUGCAAUCCGAGCACGCAAGCAUUCGCCAAGAACUCAAUGCCGCCGUCGGCACCCUCAACAACAGGAUUGACGCCAUCAUGACUGGUCUCCUCCCAUCCACCAUCGCGAAGCCGACAGCAGCGGCCACGCGCUCCGCCGUGACCAUCACGUGGCAGGCGCCGCCAUCUGCGCUGCCCAUUAUCGGCUACACCAUCUUCUACACCGUAGCUGAUGGCGAUGAACAGGAGGCGGAGGUGCCAGGUGACACGACCACCUUUGAGCUGACCAACCUCGAAUCGGGGCAGUCGUGUACACUCGCCGUCGCCGCCACAAACGGCCUCGGUGCAGCACCUCAGCGCAGCACUGCUGUGACUGUGGCGACGAGCGGGCUGGUGGCGGCUCGUCGCUACCACUGCCAGCCAGGGGCGUGGGAGGUGACAUCAAGCCCCUCCAUCAAGACAGCGUGCAGCGUGCAGAUUCCAAUCUCCGAGCCAACCAUCAUCCACGCCACAUUCACAGGCCAUGCCAUCUGCGGGAGCGCGUGGAUAUACGGUGCCAUCUCCGUCAACGGCGACAUUCCAACGCCCGGCUCGCACCAGUCAGAGGCGCCCGCACACACGUACACGCGCACGUGGGAAACGUUUGGCACAGAUCGCGUUGUCGCCGUCGACUCGGGCACGGCAACGGUGGAGCUGCGGCUUCGCUUCGGCAGCUCCUCCUGCCAGUUUAACGGCGGCUCAAUGCACGUGGUAGCCAUCACUGGGCGGCAGGCCGGUGAAGAUGAAGCAUUCGCCUGCGCACCCAGUGUUUGGGGCACCAGCACAGGCACGCAGCAGUAUGAUUUCAAGCCGUGUACAACCGCCAUCCACGCGCCUUUCUCCAGCUCCCUCUUCUCCUUCUUCACGGGCCACGUCGUUACCAGCGGCGCCGUUUAUGGUGCAGUAGAGGUUGAUAACACGCCACGCGGCCCCGAUAUUGGCACUCAACGCUAUGCUCCCGCCCACUCGUACACGUCUGGGAGCGACUGGAACACGUUCCGCGCAUUCCGAACAGAGAACAUCGACGCGUUUGAUGGGGAUGCCAAUACACCCCUCCAGCAGUACGGCACUGCCUUGCAGCCACUUGGCCCUGCCCACUCCUACUCACCGCAGUGGGAGACGUUCCAGAACGCGCGCGCAGUUGUGCUCGAUGCUGGCCAGCACACCGUGUCGUUCGCGUUCCGCUGUGUCAACUCGGGCUCUCUCAACGGCGCUGGCCUGCAGGGGUACUUCAUCCGAUAUGACGAGUGAACUCCAGGCCUUAGGGCCUGCCCAUUCAUCCCUUUUUGGGGGGUUUGUUUUCUGUACCACACCCUGUUCUCUCUUCUGCUGCGUUGGUACAACUUGGUCUCCUAUGCGUCAUCUCUCCUGUCAACCUUCGUUCACUGCCGCAUCUCGCCCUGUUAUCUUCCAUGCCUCGUUGCACUCGCCCUGUGUGUUAUCCCUUCUUGUUGC